CGUGAGCAAGGCGCCCCCGAGGGCGACAGAGAGGAACUGCCUUGGUGGGCACAGUGUGCAGCACAAUGGGCGCAACAGGGGUGGUCUGAAGAAGAGAUUUGGGAAUUUCUUCUGGAUCGCGCUGAGGACCGCGAAUCUGAGGAUUGGUGGCCCGACGGGGACGAGCGAUGCAGUCAAGACUCGGCGGCCCAGGGGAAGUGGAGCCGCUAUAGCCAAGGCCGAGGCGACCACGGAUGGGGCAAAGCCAGCUGGUGGCAACGCGGGCACGAGCAGUCCCGCGGACGAUGGCUGGAAGCAACGAAGGAAGAGGAAGAUCCGAGCAGUGGCAUGUUCGAGUUGGGCAGCGGCGCCGGAGAGCACAGCGACAAGCCGACUGAGAAGAUACCGGUGCCCAGCUUUGCCGGGCAUGCAGGCGAGGAGGGCGAGAUCGGCAGCGCGGCCCGGUCGUACCUGAGGAAGGUGGAGGCCUGGGAGCGAGUCACAAGGCUUCCUGAGCAUCACCGCGGUGUGGCCUUAUAUUCUGCCUUGAAGGAGCGCGCGUGGGUCGAGGCAGAGGCCUUGGACUUGGACAGGCUGAGCUCGACGUCUGGUGUGGCAUAUUUCAAGGCCUGGAUCCGCGAGCGGUUCAUGGACAUAGAAGUCACGCAGGUGGGCCGCAUCAUGAGUCAGUUUUUCAGGGUGCUGCGCCGCGGCAGCGACCAGAGCGUGCGAAGCUUCACCGGGGACUUCGACAGGAUGGUGGCUCGGUUGACCGAGGUACAGGUGACGCUUCCGGAGAACGUUCUGGCCUGGAUGUUUAUAGACAAGCUGCGCCUCGACGAGGCGGGCGAAAUAUCGCUGCUGGCAUCGGUGCGCAACGAGUACAAGCUCAAGGUCCUUCAGGAAGCAGCCUUGAUACACGACCGUUCUUCACGCAAACCGUGGGAGGAAUCCAAGGCCGCGCGGCACAAAGCCAAGGGAGUGCACCUCACAGGCAACGACCCCUCGGACAGCGAGAGCGACUUCGACCUGGAGGCCGGCGAGGGGGAAGACGAUGGAGCAUGCGUGGUUAGCGAGGAAACCGCGCAGGAGCUGCAUGACACCUGCCUGGCGCACCUCAACGCCAAAUCCAAAUACAGGGAGGCGGUGAAGGGGCGCGGCUUCUCUGACGAGCAAGCCCGGGCCAAGGCAGCGGCCAGGCUGAAACUGGCUAAGGAGCGCAGUUUUUGCAGCGCCUGCAAGAAGAAGGGGCACUGGCACAAAGACCCUGAGUGCCCGCUCAACAAGACGCCGAAGACAGCGAAUUUCACCCAGGUGCACGGGGUUUUCGUCGUCGAGGUGCUGGCGGCGACCAAGGACAGAGACCAAGGACCCCUGGCCAUCAUCGACACGGGGUGCGCGAGCUCGGUGGCUGGCUAUCCCUGGUUCGAGCGCUACAUGGCCGAGGCCGAGGCAAGGGGCGUUGAGUACGUUUUCGAGGAUGACAGCGAGAGCUUCAAGUUUGGGGCCUCCCGGGUGUAUCGUGCAGACUUUGCUGCCUGGCUGCCGGUCUGCUUGGGCGGGAGCUGGGUGGCCAUUCGGGUCAGCGUGGUGGCCUGCGACGUGCCCUUCUUGGUGGGAAGGCCGGCUAUGAAGAAGCUUGGGGCGAGGAUUGACCUCGGCAAGGAGUCGGUGGACCUCUGUUCGCUUCGAGCCACGGGGGUCCCUCUUGUACAGGCGCAGGGCAAGCACCCUGCGGUGGCAGUGUUCCCAGAAGGCCACGGCAAAGCCCCAAGGCUGCCCUGGCACAUCGUCAAACACGAGGGCCGCGAGCCCGGGAUAUGGCACAGCGACCUGGACACUGGAGCUCGAGCAUACAUGGCUUCCUGCAGCGCAACCCCAGACAGAGAGGGCGAGGCGAAACUUGAGAGAAUUUUCUACGCUAAGCGCUUGCCGCCCGCGAUUGAAGACAUGCUCGCGCACAGCACGCUGAAUGUCGAGACUUUCCUGGGUUGGUGGAUGGGGUGCAAAAUACAGAGAGACUUUUGGGUGGAGCGCGACGCGACGCUCAUCCGCGUGCACGUGGUCCCUCGCAAGUACCCUUUCUCCCCCGAGGGAUGGCAGACAGAGCAGAGCGAGCUGAAGGAACAGUUGCUGAGGGCCCUGGGCAAAGAAGUCGUGGAAGAGAGGAUACCGUGCAGAGCGCUAUGGAGCAUGAACAAGAGCGCCUUGGUGAGCGAGCUGGCGGAGUACGAGGUGGUGGCCCACCCCGACUGGAAUAUCAACGAGGUGCGGGAGAUGGUCAAGGAGCAGAGGGUCGCGAGGGCGAGCGGCGAGGGGCAGGUCCCCAAGGGGCUCGCCAAGAUGACCAUGCAGCAGCUGCUGGAAGAGGCCCGCAAGUGUGGGCUGGUGCUUCCCGAGAAGCCGACCAAGGGCGUCCUCACCAAGAUGAUCCGGGAUUCAAAGGCAGCCCCGAACGACACGGUGCUGGCCUUCGGACGCUACCGGGGGUGGGCAUACAACCAGGUGCCCGUGCAGUACCUGGACUGGGCCCUGAACGAGUGGCAGACCUCGGCCAAUUGCAGCGACGACCUGGCGAGGCUGGCCCGCUGGUGGGACGAGAAAAAGGGCACCAAGACAGGGAAGCAGAAGGCACCGGGACUGCCGGCCGACGACCCCGAGAAGACGGCCUCGGUCCCGCCACCGCCGGUGGCCGCAGCGAGCUCACCGGCGAGGGCAAGCAGCAGCAGGAACCCCAACGAGUGGAUCGAAGUCUACCCCGAGACGCCGGCGAACAGGACACCGAGCCCGCGGAGACGCCGGGACCCCAUGACCAAGGAGAACAUCCAGCACGAGUUGAACGAGCUGAAGGCCCGCAUGGAGGCGCUCCAGGAGCUGGCGGCGAAGAUGGAGGACGACGAGAAGGCCAAGAAGGCAAGAGAGGCGAGCGGCCCGGUCAAGGAGAACCUCAAGAAGCAGGCCAAGCGGCUCAAGCGGGUCCUGGAGACCAGCCACAGCGUCUACAAGAAGGCGCGCCAGGACACAGCCGCGGAAGCCCGAGGGCCCGGGACGGGGACGAGCGGAGAACAGGAGCAGUUCACCUUGUACCUCAUCGGUGUCCCCCCGAGCUACAAGGACCUGGCUGCCGAGGUCGGGGUGCAGACCAUUGCCGACCACAGGGCGAACGAUGACGGCCAACUCGCUGGAUGGGACCCGGACGCCGCAGCACUAGCGGGUCCGAGCCUGAUGUGGGCGGAGCUCCCGCUAGAACCGUGGGCCCCGAGCAAGGGAAAGAACUACAAGCAACGCAAGGAGAAGAUGAAGAACGACCGACGUCUACUUAAUCAGGUCCUGGAGGCUCUGGAGAACCAAGCGGCAUGCGAAAAGGGAGCUGUGUUCGCACACCCGGCGACGAGCACGAUCUGGGAAGCCCCGUCCGUGAAGAAGUGGGAGAACCUUUGGCAACACCAGGUCGCCUUCUAUGUGGACCAGGAGAAGGGGACCAAGAUGCGAGCCAUUCUCUCCGGAAGCUUUGCCGCGGCGAGGGCCGAAGAAGGCAACACCCCUCGGGAGGAGUUCUUCUUGAAGGUGCUCGAAGGAGCGAAGAAGCGCGGCAGCAAGGAGCACCAUGAAGCCUGGGCCGUGGAGGCAAAGCAGCCAAACUUUGAAGACGAACCGGGAGAUGAGCCAGAACUACGCGAGGGGGCUCUUCGCAAGCUGCACCAGAACCUCGGGCACCCACCGAACAGCGAGCUCGUGCAGGACAUGCCAAGGAUGUGCUAUAGGCCCUAUUCCGCGAGACUUUCCAAGCCGGUGCCCGCACUAGACUUCAACGAAGUGCUGGGACUCGACUUGAUCUUCAGGAAGGACUCGCUGCAUCAGAGCCACGUGGCGCUGAGCAUGGUGGACUAUGCGUCAACGUACCAGGUCGUGGUGCCCGUCAAAGACAGGACGGCCAAGACGCUCGCAGAGACGGUUCGAGAUCAUUGGGUCUCUUGGGCCGGGCCGCCCCAUACCUUUGCCCUCGACCUCGACUCUGGUUUCAAGAGCGUCUUCGAUGAAAUGUGCUAUGAGUUCGGGUCCUUCAUGUCACAUGCCGCCGGCACGGCCCACUGGCAACACGGGCUGGUGGAACGACACAACGGAGCUUGGAAGAGCAUCUGGGAGAGGACCGUGGACAGCGCGAUGAUAGUGGAGCAGGAGGUGGCAUGGGCCGUGGCCGAGGUCUCGAACGCGAAGAACCAGCUCCGCAACAAGGACGGGUACAGCCCAAGGCAAUGGGUGUUCGGGGCCAACCCGCGAAUGCCAGGCGAUGUCUUCGACGACCAGCACAACCUGGCCGCCAUGAGACACUACACGGUGGACGCGCGGAUGCAGAGGCAGAACGCCAUCCGACAGGCGGCGCGCAUUGCCUUCAUGAAGGUGCAGACGGACCAAGCAAUGCAGAGGGCGUUGUUGCACCGGAGCCGCGUGAAGAAGACCCACUACGAGCCGGGCGAUUUGGUCUUUAUCUUUCGCCAGAAGCGCCCUGAGAAGGACAAGAAAGCAGUGAAGAUGUGGGUCGGACCCUGCACGGUGAUAGGGAAUGAAGGGCAGAACCUUUGGGUAUCCAAGGGGGGGAGGUGUUUGCUAUGUGCACCGGAGCACCUCCGACCCGCGGAGGCCGAGGAGAUCUCCGAGCUGCUGCGGGUGAGGGCUGCAAUGGACGACGUGCAGGCGAUCAUCGACGAGGAUAAGGACCUGCGCGCUGCCUUUGCGCCCGAAGACGAGGAGCUGAUUCCCGACGGCAACAAGGACGGCCCCGGGGACCACCACGACAUCGCGGAGGAGCUCCUGAGCGGAGAGGGGGAGGCCUUCCAGGAGAAGUUCGUGGAGAUGGAGAACAUGGACUGGGACGACGGAGCAGAACGACGACGGCGAUGCCUAGAUGACUUGCCCCAUUGCCCCGUGGCCCGAGGGAGGGCGAAGAAAGCCAGAACAAGCCAGACCGCAGAAGAAGCCAACGACGAGGGCAUGAACGAAACAGAGCCGGUGGAGCGCGAGGUUUUCUUCGGCAAGGUUGCCUCCACGCAAGCCAGCCGAGAGAAGCAGAUGGAGAGCGAAAUCCCUUGGUCUUCCAUAGACCCUGGUGACCGCCCCGCCUUCGAGGCCGCAGAGGCUAAGCAAUGGAACGAGCACUUGAAGUUCGAGGCGGUGAGGGUGCUGUCCAAAGAGGAGACCGAGCGGGUCUAUGCCGAGAUUCCCCCAGAACGCAUACUCACUUCGAGGUUUGCGUACAAGGACAAAGCCAGGUCCCAGAGAGCGCUAAACCCCGAGCUGCCGGUGAAGGCCAAGGCUCGCCUAUGCGUGGGCGGCCAUCGGGACCCAGACUUGGGAACACGGCCGCUCAGCGUCGACGCGCCGACAGCUAGCAAGGACAGCCUGAUGCUGGGAAUGCAGUGUGCAGUCUCUCUCCGGUGGUCAGCCAGCAUCGGGGACGUGCAAGCCGCAUUCCUUAACGGGGUGGCGGCCCCCCGUGGCCUCUACUUCAAGCAGCCACCUCGCGGACUGCCAGGCGUCGAGGAGGGGGUCUUGGUGGAGAUCAUAAAAGGGGUCUUCGGACUCGCGACCAGCCCGAGACUUUGGUUUGAGAAGCUGGUGCAGGACAUCGGUCGAGCCAGGGUGGAACUCGAGGGGGAGACGCUGCACUUCGAGCAGAACGACAUCGAUCCCUGUGUUUUCCACUUUGUCGACAAGCAGGGCAACACCAGGGGCCUCUUGGAGACCCACGUGGACGACCUGCUCGUCUUGACGGAGGAGAAGCUCAAGAAGGCGACCCAGGCCACGCUCAGCCAGGUGUUCCCGAUAAGCGAGUGGGAAGACGAUGCCUUCAAGUACGUCGGGAGCAACUACAAGAAAGACGGCGAGGGGUACCAGAUUACGCAGGAGGACUACGUGGAGGAGCGCCUGAAGUACAUCGACAUCCCUAAGGGAAGCAACCAGGACCCCGUGAACGAAAGGCUUUUUCAUGACAAUCGCACCGCCAUUGGGUGUCUGAGCUGGUUGGCUAAGGAGAGCCGGCCGGACCUGGCUUGCGCAGCCAACUUUGCGCAAGCGAGGCAGGGAAGCCCCACCAUGGUGGACGUGAAAGACACGAACAGGGCCAUCAAGCAGGCAAAGGACUACAAGGAGCACGGCAUCAAGAUCAGGCCCAUCCCUCUGAACGAGAUGUGCCUGGUGGUCUACCACGACGCGGCGUGGGGGAACAGCGAGCCCGACGACGAUGCCGUGGAGCACCUGGUGGGACAUCGAGUCGGCUCACAGAUCGGCUAUCUGGUGCUGGCUGUACACAACAACGGCAUCGGAAGCAAGCCGAGCGAGAUGAGCACACUGGCUUGGAAGUCACACUCCUGCAAAAGAGUGUGCAGGUCCACCUUUGCCGGAGAGACGAUGGCCUGUUGUGAAGGGGUGGAAUGCGCAAUCCACCUGCGGGGAAGGCUGCUGUCUUUGACGAAGAGGAGACUGGUGAAGGAGCCAGAAGCGGCAGCCCUCAUGCCGAUCCACGCCGUCACCGACUGCAAGAGCCUCUUCGACUUCGUUCACAGGUGCGGCACCCCGAAGCCCACGGCCGACAAACGGCUCAUCAUCGACUUGGCGUCGCUGAAGCAGAUCUUCCUCAACGAGGCCAAGGGCUGGUGGAAGCGCGAGCGAGGUGAGGACGUACCGGCCGUGGACGACCCGCUGCUGAUCCCUUUUCACUGGGUACCGAGCGGGCACCAACUGAGUGACAUCAUGACUAAGCAGAUGAGGCCGGAAGCAUGGUGGGCAGCCGUUACCUGCGACUUUUUCUUGGCUGUCUCAAGGCAGCACAAAAGGGAAGUGUAA